AUGAGAUUCAAUUUCGCGACCGCCGCCGUGCUCGCUCUCGGCGCACAGUCUGUUGCCGCCAGCACCUGGUUCAGCAAAGCUGCUUACAACAAGUGGCAUGAGACCGAGUUGGAGAGAUGGCUCUCUGAUCACGAUGUCCCCUAUCCCACUCCUGCCGACCGCAAGGACCUCGUUGACCUGGUCAAGAACAACUGGGACGCCAAUGUUGCUCAGCCCUACAACACCUGGGACACCAAGCAGCUCCAGAACUACAUCACCAGCUCUGGUCAGCAGGUCAAGAAGGGCACUGAGCAGAACAAGGACAGCCUUGUCAGCCAGGUCAAGUCCUACUGGUCUGAGACUGCUGACCAAGCCUCGGACGCCUACUCGUCUGUCCAGGACUGGGUCUUUGACAGCUGGACCGACUCGCAGCUCAAGGCUUUCCUCGACUACCACAGCAUCCCCAACCCUUCUCCUCGCUCCCGCGACACUCUUCUCCACUCUGCUCGCUCCAACUACCAAUCCGUGGCCAAGAAGGCUGGUGAGACCACUGCUUACCCUGGUAACUGGCUCUACUCUUCGUGGGCCGAUUCUGACCUCAAGGCCUGGCUCGAUGAGCGUGGUAUUCCCGUUCCUCAGCCCAGCUCUCGUGACAAGAUGAUUGCUGCCCUUCGUCGCAACUCUCGCACCGCUUCCAACCAGGCUGCCAAGGCUGCCGCAUCUGCUUCUUCUUCUGCCGCUGGCGCCCAGCAGUCCCUGUCUGAGCAGCUCCUCAACUCUUGGUCCGACAGCCAGCUCAAGCAGUGGUUCGACAAGAACGGCAUCAAGGUUCCCCAGGGCUCCAAGCGCAACGAGUUGAUCGCUCUUGCCCGCAAGCACAGCGCCAAGCUCUCUGGCGACAACGUUUCCGCCUCUGCAUCUUCGCUCUACGGCGAAGCUUCCAAGUCUGCUGGCUCUGUCUACAACGCCGCUUCUGGUGCUGUUGGCAACUCUGCCUCUUCUGCCUCCGGUGCCGCCGCCAAGUCUGCCUCUUCUGCCUCCGGUGCCGCCGCCAAGUCUGCCUCUUCCCUUUCUGGUGCUGCUGCCCAGUCCGCCCACUCCGCUACCAACGCCGCUGGCAGCCAGUUUGCAUCUGCUACUGACUCCGCCUACGGUUCUGCUCAGUACUGGUUCGACUGGGCCAAGGCUCAGGUCGGUAUUGGUGGUGAGGAGGCCAAGGCUUCUCUCGCUUCCAUCUCCAGCGUUGCCUCUGCUUCUGCUUCGUCCCUUUCCAGCGUUGCCUCUGUUUCCGGCUCUUCCGGCUACAACGCUGCCACUGACGCUGCUGCUGCUUCCGCUUCAUCCGCUUCCAACGUUGCUGGCGACUACGCCAACAGUGCCUACGAUGCUGCUGCCGCUUCUGGCAAGUCUGCAACUGAUGCCGCUGGCAAGUCGGCCUCCUCUCUCAGUGGUGCUGCUGCCAAGUCUGCCUCGUCUGCAUCGAGCGCGGCUUCGGUUGCUGCUUCCAAGUCUUCCUCAUCUCUCUCGAGCGCCGCUGCCAAGUCUGCCUCGUCCGUUUCGGCUUCUGGUCCCAAGUCCGCUAGCAGCGCUGCCAGCAGUGCCUCCAAGGGUGCCGCCGGUUACGCUCAGCAGGCUGCUGAUGCCGUCAGCGAGAACGCCAGCUCGGCCAAGCACAGAGCUUCCGAGGCUGCCCAGAAGGCCACCGACCGCGUCAAGGAGGAGCUUUAA